AUGUUCAGCGUCACGACAUUCUUUACUUGCAUCUUCGCUCUCUUCGUUCUGAGCAGCGUAUCGUCUGCGAUUCCGCACCCUGGCGACGGGCCGUUGCGCUCCCGGCAGGCCGCUGUCCCCCAGUUCCCUGCCCAGCCGCCGUCGUGCCCACUCUGUGAGCAGGGGUUCCCUGGUAUCGAUAGCUGUGCACAGGCUGCGCCCGUCCUCGCGAACGUGUCUAUGAUCCUCUUCAAUCCUGGAGCAUUCAUUGACGUGAUCAAGUGUGCUUGCACGGACACGUUCCAGAGCGCCUACCCGCAGUGCGUCGACUGCUUUGAGAAGACCAACCAGACCUCUUUCCUGAAUACCACGAAUGCACCCGCGGUGGUGAAUGGGAUCCGCGACAUCUGUUCCUUGGCGAGCAUAUUCGUUGGUGGUGCGCCUUCCGCAGACGGAGAGAUCACUCCGACGAGCUCUGUGGCAUCCCCCACGCCGACUGCCAAAACAGGUGAUGCACACGUAUUGCGCAGUUCAAUUUUCGCAAGCGUUGCCUCCCUGGUGCUUGCCUUGACUGCUCUGUUCUGA